AUGUGGUUCUCUCGAUAUACGCUCUGUCUCACGCUUUUAACUAUUGCUUUUGCCGCUGAAAAUCAAAAAAGUGAUUUCAAUAAAUCGUUCGGAAAAAACUGUGAUAAUUCCUACACCGCAACAUGCUUGAAACUGGAUAUAGUCGGCUGGGUGGAUGGAUUAAGCGAAAAACAAAACAUCGACGUUAUACCAGGUGUGUCUAUAGUGCGAGAAAACGUGAGUGCUAGGGCUAACAUAGCCGAUAUGGUAGCAGAUCUUGGUCGUGAAUUUCCAAACGAUCCAAAUGCAAGAUUGGAUGGUUUUCUGAUGCAGAAAGUGAAAGGUUUCCUAAAUAGUCAUUCUGUUAAAUUAAAUUUAGCAGCUGAAGAUGAAAACGUUGUAACUGGACGUAAAAAGAAGAAAUCAGGUGGUAUGGGAGGUAUUUUAGCUGCAGCUGCUAUGUUAAAGAGUACCUACUUCGCACUAGCUUUAGGAGCUUUAGCAGCUCUGGCUGGUAAAGCUUUGAUGACCGGUCUGAUUUCUUUGGUGUUAUCUGCCAUUCUUGGUCUUAAAUCCCUAACCGGCGGUGAAGAAAAAACGACUUACGAAGUUGUUUCUAAGCCUGUAUAUACUCAUUCUAGUUCUCAUUCUUCUGGGCAUGAAGACUAUCACCAUGGAGGACAUGGAAGAAGUUAUGAUCUGCCGUUACCGGUGGGACUGCAGCCUGGGUAUAAACCAGCAUAA